AUGGCUGCUUACAGUGUCAGCACAUGUUUACUUUUAUUCCACAGCACAUAAAAAUCAGCUUCAAAAUGGCUACAUCGCUUGCGGAGCAGCUUAAAAAGUUAAGAACACCACAAACAGGAAUACUAUUGCAGGAAAAAAAACGUGCCAGUUUGUUAUUUGAUCCCAGAGAAGCUGCCAAUUUAGACAGAGAAACAGUUUUAAGUAUAGGUCAAAAUGGAUUACAAGAAUUGACCAAACUGUCUGACCUAUUUUUAGAAUUUGAGCAGACACUCUUUGCACCGAGUUCACUGAGCCUUGAGCGUGCUGUACAGGAUGUCAAAGUCAACAAAAAGUUAGAUGGAGAGAUCGAAAAAUUCCUAAUCCUUUUAUCCCCUUAUUUUUUACUCAAUUCUUCCCACAAAGCGCUUGAAUGGCUUAUACACAGAUAUCGCAUUCACGAAUUCAAUAGAGAUCAAUUUUUACUUUUAAUAUUACCCUAUCACGAGACUCGGAUGUUUGUCCGAGCGUUACAAUUGUUAGACCUAUCAGAUGAAGCAGAUAAGUGGCAUUGGUUAGAACCUCUCCAAAAACCUGGUGUUCCACUAGCUUCAAUAACAUUAAUAAAUCGUCUCACUGUCGAUAAUGCUCUUUUAAAGUUAAUUUGCAACCAUGUUGUUAUCGCUACUAAAAUCUAUUCAGAUCGAGCGUCCUCUUUAAGCACUUUGUACGCGUUUUAUACUACUUCCGUAUUAGGGAUUAUCGAUCGAUUGUCUAAUAUCUCUGAAGUUCAAAUGGGUUACAUGUUUCCGACCAUUUUAAAAGGCUUAGAAUGCCCUAUUUCCGAUUUUACAGCCAGUAAUUACAUGAUCCUGGCGAAACUAAUGACCAAGGUGAAUCUGAAGAGCGAAACCACGGAGAAGGUGCUUUUGAAGAUAUUUAAGAAAACGCAUUUGAGAGAGGAAGCCCUAAUUCUGCUGUUUUUCUUAUAUAAUGCACCUGUUAAUCGACUCACCACGGUCUCAAAAAGUCUCGCCAUUCGAUUAUCUCAAGUGCCUUGGUUCAUCGAACUCGCAAUUAAACUUCAGUCGUCGAACAUGAACAUAUUAAAAUUCAUGGUUCCAUUACUGCAAACCAGUUGUCGCGUGAUUUUGGAGGAUCCAUCUGAAACGAUUCGCUUGCAAGAAAUGGUAAGCGAAAUAUUGACACGAAUACAACUUGAUAAUGUAGGAGUAGACACUAUUUUAUGGAACAUAUUGGAGAAGGAAUUCCUUUCAAAUAAUGUGUCCAAUGAAGCAAAAGAUUUUCUUAGGAAAUUGUAUCAUUGCUUAGAGAGAACCUAUCCAGAGAGAUUCGACGAUUAUCUGAAGCAUUUGAUGAAACGUAGCGAUGCAGACAAAGAUUCAAAACUGGCGUUGGAAUUCCUCACAUCUUGGCAUUUUGGAGCCAGAGACACGCAGGAAGUGAUCGGUAUUCUCGAUCGAUUGAUUCAUAUCAGUCCAGAGCAAAGAAUAAUGGCGUUGAAAACAUUAGCACAAAACUACGUGAAUAUUCCUGAAAGUUUUCAAGAGAUGAUGACGAACACGAUACAAGCUAGAUUCAGCGACAGCGAAGUAGACGUGAUUAAAGCUUUGCUCUCAUUCUCCACUAAACGUUUAACAUCUCUACUUCCAGCUAAUAUACUAAUCGACGAAUUGAAGAUACUGUUGUCAACUUGUCAUAAUAGAAGCAGAAAGAUAUUGGCGAAAUCAGCGUUAAAAAUUCUAUUGGAACUCUGCGAGGUUGGCGAUGACACCAGUGUUUUCAUCAUAUCUUUAACAUACCUAUUUCCAAGCGAAAACGAGGACGUGGACAUUGCAAUGGAAGUGUUAAAGUCGAAUUUCGCCAGGAAUAACGCUUUCAUGCAACAUGUGUUGAAGGAUCUAGGAAAAUCACCUAAUGCAGAGGCAGUUUCAUCAGCAGCCUUCCAUAAUGUGUUAAACUGGCAACUAUUGCCUCCAACAGAUAGCAUAUUGAGUGCUAUGAGACAACAAAUUGCUCAUGGUGAUGCAGCCUCCAUGUUUUUUAAUCUAAUUUUAUUGGGAUCUGUAUGUAGAGUCCCUGUGGGAUCUCUGCAACCAGAAGUUGCCAUAGAAGUGAUCCAAAUGGCUACAGAAAUAAUCAAAAAGUAUCCACAAGUGAAAUUAUUGCAGAACUGCAACAAUAUCACAGGAGACAAUAUGCAGACUGCUAUUGAAUUGACGUCCCAGGGAGUUCUGCCAUUGCAAGUGGCCACUUAUGUUCUUGAGAUGGUUCACAGACGCCUGGACUUGAAGUCAAAUCCAAAGAUCGAUUUUGAAAAUAACCAACACCGCAGUAACCUGAUCUUACUCCUCCUUGAGAUGUUCUUUGAGGGAAUUGCAAAUGUAUAUUGGUGCAAACAUUAUUCCAGAUGUCUGCAGAUAUUCUUCCAGAGACACUUUGCCACAGUGAAGGAUCUUAUUCGAUUUUUAUCUCAAUUAUACAUAAAACCAGUAAAAGUACAAACAUCCUUCCACUGUCUAAAAAUAACUCAGAUACUGUUGAAUCAGUGCAAGUCUAUUCAGUGGGUGUUUCAAGAUCAAGUCUUUGUAACAAAUUUAUUGCUUUCAUUGGCCAGAGUUAACAACGGGUGCCGACAGGCGGCAUUAAGCAUUCUCACAAAACUUAUGAAUGUCACUAAAUCAAUAAUGGAUCCUUUCUCAACCUUAUUAGAAGAACUAGCCAUCAGAAGUCCAGACAUAUCCAUGAAUCCUGACCAACUAUCUUUGACCCUUUAUGUUCUACUAUCACCUGAUCCAGAUGUAUGUGGACAAUUGAAGUCGGAUCUUCGAAAAAAGCUUCAACAAGCACAGCAAAUAUUAUUUGACAUCAUCAUGGACACAGAGACUCCAUUGCACAUCAAGUCACAGCUACUGGAUAUUCUAAUUUAUGUAAAUGGACCUUCAAUACUUGAACAAUUAGCCCCUCUUGGACUUCAACUUUUGCAAACUUUGUAUAGAUCCCAAGAAAUGGUCCAACAAGUAUGGCAAUUGUUUGAAAGUAGCAUAGACGAGCAUAAGAGUGAAAUAAUAGCAGAAGAUGGGAUCUACCAUUCACCAAGCAUCAUUUUAUUAAAGCAGAUAGACAAUACUUUUUACAAAAGUGCUGAACAAGUGUCAACUGAUCUUCAGAAGAAAAUUCUAGCUAAAUUAGUAGACGUGGUGACCGAUUGUGAAAUGGGGAACAUUAUAUCUACAGCGAACAGAGCUAUGAGAAAAAUUAAAGUGAAUGCAGAGUUGAUAGUCAACGAGUUAAGCAUCAUGAAGAACCUGAAGAACGCAAAACCGGACAAUUCGGCAGUACGAAUCAAAAGACGACUCAGUCACAUUAGUACUUUACCUGAUCCAACGAUAAUCAAUAAAAGGGAAUGGAAACGAGGAGUGACUCUCUUAGAAUUCGUUCAACGAGCGGAAAACAUUAAGAAAGAACAAUUAUUAUUUCCAGUUCUGUUCAAUUUACUGAAGACAUGUCUUAGUUUCGAGGAACAGAGUCCUAUUGAAUAUACCAAUCAAUUAUUGUUAUCAACGAUUCAUCGGUUGAUUGUGAAGAAACUGCCCAUUCGUGAUGCUGAUCACCACGUAGAUCUGAUCGCUCAAUGCAUCAGAACCUCGAGGAAUCCUCAGACUCAUCAUCAUGCUUUAUUGGUAUUAGUAGAAUUAUUAAAGGUCGUGGACGUUCGUCGUGCCCUUUACACCAUCAUGCCUAUCUUCACGUUUAUGGGAAGCUCUGUGGUACGCCAGGAUGACGCUUAUUCCAUUCAAAUCAUCUCGAAGACCAUCGAGACAGUGGUACCUAUAAUAAACGCAGCUGAGAAUGAAACUCACGCGUGUGAAAUCUUAAGGACCUUCAUAGUCUCUUUACCAGAUAUUCCUGAGCAUAGAAGAACACCUUUAUUCGUGAAGCUGUUGCAACUUCUGGACAAUUAUUUGCAUUUGUAUUAUUUAUUAAGCUUCGAGAGUUACGUCAUGUCAAAAAUUAUGCAUAUCACGAACCAAAAAACUCCUGGACAGAGGCUGGAGUUUGCUCUACAGGUGUCUCUAGAGUUUCCACCAAUGAGGCUGAUUCAAGUUUCUGUUAGAUUGGUUCAAUUCAUGAAGGAGUUACCUAUUGAUAUAGAGGAUGAAAAAGACAAACAGGAUGCCAGGUCUUUUAAAUAUAAACAUAUAUUUGAUGUUGUUAAUAACGGUCCUAAGAAUUUAAGACUGUACAAGUUCACGUUGGUGCAGUUUUUAAGUAACUUAUUGUCGUCGCCUGAUUUUAUUAACAAAGUGGCUGAGCUCGAUCCUGAGGAAGUGCACAAUGCAAGACCUCACUAUGAUCAGUUGAUCGUUGAAUUGAUCGUGUUGAUACAGAGAACUUCGAAAAACGCUGAUCGUCAUCAUGGAAGACCGAUUGGGAAGUAUUGGAAGGUUCUUCUGCAUAAUUUGUACGAUGUUUUAGAUUUGGUGAAUAAUUUGUUGCCAAAUGGAAUAUUUUUGGUCACUAUCAAACGUCUGUUAGAACAUGAUAUAUUGACGGUGAAGAGGAAAGCCUUAGAGCUUCUGAAUACUCGUCUUCAGCAGAAGAAGUUUAGUGAAGAGGACCACGAAGAUUUAUUAGACUUGAUCGAGCCUUUGCUGAUGGUCAUACCAACUAGAGUGAAAUCUGAAGUUCAAGAACAGGAGAUUGUUCAGCAAACUGUUCUCAUUACCUUGAAAUUGCUGGCAAAAUUGUUGGCCACUGAACACUCUUCAGUAUUUAAACCUAUCCUCGAGAUGACCACGGAACUUUUAAGAACGAGAGAAGGACCAGUGUUAGGGAGUGCUGCACUGUGUGUUGCUGAAUUAUGCAGUUCAAUGCGUAUACACGCGAUACACUCGUUAAACAAAUUUGUACCAGCGAUUCUACAGUUGUUGAAGAGCCACUGCCACCAAGGUGUACCUGACGUGAUAGUCAUCAGCAUAGUGAGUGCAUUGCAGAAGAUUGUGGAAUCUAUGGGAAAUUUCUUGUCUUUGUAUCUGGAUCAACUGCUGUGUGAAUUGGCAAGAUUGAGAUCUUUGUACACCGACACGGAAAAUGCAAAGAUUGCCGUGGUGAUAUCACGACUAAACGCAACAACGCAGAAACUCUCCAGCUGCAUUCCUCUGCGAGUACUGUUACCAGCUGUGAACAGAACGUACAUGACAUUGCUCACAAAGAAGAAGUAUCGAUGCAUUCCAGCGUUAAUGACAGUACUAGCAGAAUCCUUCAACAGUGUUCAACCAACUGAGUUACAUGCAACCAUACCAGAUUUGGGUACAUUCUUCCUGAAAGUAUUGCAAUUCCGUGAGGACAUUUCUGAUACUGAUAACGACAUGAAUGUAGUUGAGUCUGAAUUGACGAUGAAGGAUAUAGUGAUCGUGGAGGAGAGCGCUAGUAAAGCAUUAGUAGCGUUGGUAUUGAAAUUAAGCGAAGCCACCUUUAGACCUCUUUAUUAUAAACUUUACGAUUGGGCUGCUAGGAAUCCUCAGCACAAGCAACGAAGCAUCACUUUCUACAGACUUUCAGCUAACAUAGCAGAGUGUCUGAAAUCUCUCUUCGUGCUCUUUGCUGGUCAUAUCCUCAAGCAUGCAGCUGUAUUAUUGAGCAGCAACAAUCCACUAAUUACAGAGGAACCACAGGAAAUGACUCUUCCAGAGGAAUCAAGCAAGAUAGAACUAGUUGAAGCUGUUCUGUUAACUCUCUAUAGAGUCUUCAGUUAUGAUGCCCAUAAUUUUGUGGAUCAAGAGAGAUUCGACACGCUAGUUCAGCCAAUUGUGGAUCAACUGGAGAACACUAUGGGAACUAAAGAGGAGUUUGAGAAGAGGGCGAACGAAUUGGUGGUCCCUUGCAUUGCAGCCUUCGCCAGUGCUAUCCCUGAUGAUUCAUUGCACAAACAUCUGGUGUAUCAGACGUUGCUGAAAACCAGGCACACGAAACCGUACGUGAGGAGCGCUGCUUUGCACGCCGUGGUUGAAAUUGUGAGGAAGCUUGGCGAAGAUUUCAUGCCACUUCUCCCAGAAACUAUACCCUUCUUGGCAGAAUUACUGGAAGACGAGGACGAAGCAACAGAGAAGUACGCACAGAAUGCAGUACGCACUCUGGAGGAGAUCUUAGGUGAACCGUUGCAAAAGUAUUUCUAAAUCAUUUCUAAUUUCCAUAAGAAACUA